CAGCCAAACAAGCAUUCGUCGGUGUCGCAGUCGCGGAUGUCUUUGUGGUGGGCAGCUGAGCUCCAGCCAACCGUCGACCGCUUUCUUUUGCCAAAGGCCAAGGGGGGUGCGAUGGUCUGCGAGUUGGGUCGCCGGCGCUCGCUGUUGCCGGUCUGCUCUCCAGCCGAACGCUCGACGAUCUGGCUCUGGCCGCCAUCCUCCUCAUCUUCCUGCCAAGAACCAGACCGAUGCGCUUGGGCUCGUUCUUCUGCCGUCUCUGGUGGCUGCUGGCGGUCUGCUCUACAGUAUCCCACGCCCAGAGCACCGUCUCGACCGGCAGCUCGCAAGUCGCCAUCUAUGCCGACACCAACAGCGACGGCUCGCUCAAGCUCCGUCUGCAUGUCCCCAACAACCUGGCCUACUUUGCCGUCGGAACGGGAUCGUCCAUGAAGGGUUCCGACAUUGUGGUUGUCUGGCAAAACUCGGACGGCUCUGUCGUGGCCUCGUUCCGCCAUGCCACCGGCCACUCGCUCCCACAGCCGGGCGACCAGAGCAGCAUCGCCGUGCUCCAAAAUGAUCAGCCCAACCAGGUUGCCGUGCCGGCCAACACCUUUGUCAUCACCGUCCAGGUGCCGUCCUCCUGGGGCUCGCUCGGCUCGUUCAUCUGGGCUUAUGUCUCGGGCUCGUCGCCCAACACCAACGACCCCACCGCCAGCUUUUCCCAGCACUCGAGCCGAACGAGAGGAACGCUCUCGGGCGGCCUGUUUGUUCCCCAGAACUCGUUCGCCCAGGCCAACGGUCCUCCGCCUGCACCUUCGGCACCUCCUGCGUCCACCAACUCUGGUGCUGCAUCUGCCUCCGGCUCAUCCGUGACGGCCUCGGUCUCGCCCUCAGCUGGCUCUGCAUCCCCCACUCGCUCGAGUUCCAUCCAGCCCAACCCAGCUCCGACAGCCACUCCGACCGCUGGAUCGGGCCAAGACAACUCGGAUGACAGCCAAGCUGAUCCUCCAGACUUUACGGUCGUACACGGCUAUCUGAUGGGCUUUGCUUGGAUGAUUGCCUGUCCGGCCGGCAUUCUGGUUGCCCAGUUCUGCAAAAAGUCACUCGACAAGUGGUGGUUCCGCCUCCACCAGCUGUUCAUGUUCGUUGGCUGUGGAGCACUCUGCCUGACGGCAUUCAUCCUGAUAUUCUAUCAGAAGCAAGUUGCCGGCGACUACCACUUUGCAUACAACGACACGGGUCUGCAUGGGCUUCUCGGGCUCAUCAUCACCAUCGCCAUGCUUGGCCAGAUCAUCCUGGGCAUCGUCAUCGAUCGGAUGUACGACAAGCACCGCACAUCGGUCCCUGUUCGCGACAAGGCCCACUGGCAUCUGGGCCGUCUGACGACGCUGCUGUCGAUCAUCAACAUUGUGCUCGGCUGCAUUCUGUACGGCGUGGAUCCAACGAUCUGGCUGGUCAUUGGGCUCAUCCUGGCAGCAUGGCUGGUGGUCUUUGUAUUGCUUGCAUACAGCCGGCAUCUCAGCAAGUCCAAGGGACACGAUUUUGAGCACCUGCCCGGAUCCGAGUCGGUCAAGCUGUUGCGCCUGCCAACCACCGGCGAUGCCUCAUUGAAACGCAACCCGACCGGCGACACUGCCUCUCUGCGACGCUACCCGACCAACUCGCUUGGACGCCCUGCCAACUCAGACGCAUUCAAGGGGCUCCAGGCCUCCCGAAGCAGUAGCAUGAGCCGCGGCGGCAUGCCGGCCCGCCCCGACACGAUCGAGCGGCUCCCGAGCAACAAGGCCUUUGAUGCCAACAGUCACCAUUCCUCUGCCUGGUCCGAGAGAGCGCCCGAAGACCAGCCUUGGCAGACGCAGCGAACUCCUGGGUCUAUGAACCGAGCCGAUACGCUGUCCAAGGCCUCGACGAUCGACACCCCCCGCAGCCGGAACCUGGACACACCCAACACCUCGCUUUCCAGACGGCGUCUGGAUACACCCGAGGGCUUUGGGGCGACUCCACCGAUGCCCCGACUGAACGACCCCUCUGGCAGCGCGCCCCGGGGACGGCCGACUGGCGGCUCCUCCAACUGGAACGGCACCAUAGGCUCGUCGUCGACUGGCAGCAGCGGUAGCGAGGGCCGAAGAUUCGUUGCGAAUUACAGCGACAGAAGUGCGUCGCUGAACCGACGCGGCCGCAACGACAACUCACCUGGGCCCCAGAGACUCGACGAAACAGGCUCAGGCUCAGGCUCCGGCUCCGGCUCGAUGCGGCGCAAUUGACUGGAACGACGAUAGCACAACAGCGGGAGAACUGGGGCACCUUGCAGCGCAGGGGCCAAAUUUCUGCCUUUCUUUCUGACUACCCUCAUCAUCCUAUGGCAAUCACUUUGUAGUGUUUCUAUUUUCUGGAUUCUAUUUUCUGGUUUCUAUUUUCUGGUUGCUGCUUUCUUUCCCUCAAACGGGUGGAACUCUUACAAAUCUAUACGAUGCGAUCGAGCGCGAUUCACUCGAAUACAAUUGAAAUGAUUCAAACCAUC